AUGGUCCAACUCUACCAGGAAACAGAUCCGUAAAGAUCAGCCCAGCACUCUGAGCAGCUCAGAAGGAGGAGCCAGACCAGCAGUUCCUCAUGCUCUGCCUUUUUCUCUGGACAGAUGGCUCCACAGUGACAACUCCAUAAUGGCAGUGGGUGAGACUCUGGUGCACAUCAGGGUCACUUUUCUACUGCUCUGGAUUGGGAUAUCUCUGUGCCUUCCUGGCCUCUCCCAGGCCAGGCCCUCCCAGUAUUUCACCUCCCCAGAAGUGGUGAUCCCCUUGAAGGUUAUCACCGGGGGCAAAGGUGCAGAGGCUCUGGGUUGGCUCUCCUAUAGUCUGCGGUUUGGAGGCCACAGACACGUUGUGCACAUGAAGGCCAAGAAGCUGUUACUUUCUCCACACCUCCCAGUGCUCACUUACACAGAGCAGCAUGUCCUCCAUCAGGAUCAGCCCUUUGUCCAGGAUGACUGCUUCUAUCACGGUUUUGUGGAGGGGGUCCCUGAGUCCCUGGUUGCCCUCAGUGCUUGUUCUGGGGGCUUUCAAGGAAUGCUACAGAUAAACGAACUUGCAUAUGAAAUUGAGCCAAUUAAGCUUUCUGCUACAUUUGAACACUUGGUGUAUAAGAUAGACAUUAAUGAGACACAGUUCCCACCUAUGAGAUGUGGGUUAACAGAAGAGAAAAUAACACGUCAACUGGAAUUGCAAUUAUCAUAUAAUUUCACUCUGAAACAAAGUUCUUAUGUGGGUUGGUGGACCCACAAGCGGUUUAUUGAGCUAGCAGUGGUCGUGGACCAUGUUAGAUAUCUUUUCUCUCAAAGUAAUGUGUCAAUAGUGCAGUUGGAUGUAUUUAAUGCUGUCAAUAUAGUGGAUUCGUUGUAUUACCCUUUGGAAGUUGAUGUAAUUUUGACUGGGAUUGAAAUCUGGAGUACAAGAAACCCAAUUCCUACCAGUGUUGACUUAGACCUAGUUGUGGAGGCAUUUGCAAUUUGGAAGCAUUUUCAACUUGAUGCCCGUCUUCGACAUGAUGUUGCACAUCUUUUCAUAAAAGAACUGAUUGGCGUAAAACUUGGUGUUGCCUAUGUUAGCGGAAUAUGCCUAAAUCCUUAUAACGCUGGAGUAGAUGUUUUUGAAAACGAAAAAUUGUCCCUUUUUGCACUUACUGUGGCCCAUGAGCUUGGUCAUAAUUUAGGUAUGUUGCAUGACACUAAGUUGUGUGUGUGUGCAUUAGAGUGGUGCAUAAUGUAUCCCUACAGAAAGGUGUCAAAUAAAUUUAGCAACUGCAGUUAUGCCAAUUUUUGGGACAAUACUUUAAAUACAUGUAUUUAUCCUCCUCCUUAUGCAGGGAAUAUCCUUACUUUGAAGUACUGUGGAAACCAAGUAGCUGAGGAAGGAGAGGAGUGUGAUUGUGGAACUGUACAUCAGUGUGCAAAAGAUCCCUGUUGUCUGUUUAACUGCACUUUGAGUCCUGGAGCCUCCUGUGCUUCUGGUCUUUGUUGCAAAAACUGUAAAUUCAUGCCACCAGGGACUUUAUGUAGACAACAGGUCAGUGAAUGUGACCUUCCAGAGUGGUGCAAUGGGACAUCCCAUCAAUGCCCAGAUGAUGUGUAUGUGCAGGAUGGAAUCCCCUGUACUGAAAGUGACUACUGCUACAAAAAGGGAUGUAAUAGCCAUGAUAUACAGUGUAAAGAGAUUUUUGGUACAGGUGCAAGGAGUGCAUCUCAGAGAUGCUACAGUGAAAUCAACACCCAAGGAAAUCGUUUUGGACACUGUGAUAUUGUGGGCACAAUAUAUACCAAAUGUUUCAAACCUGAUAUCAUGUGUGGAAGAGUUCAGUGUGAAAAUGUGAGCAAAAUUCCCAUUCUCCCACAACAUUCUACAGUGUAUCAGUUUCACUUGCAUGAUAACAUUUGUUGGGGCACUGAUUAUCAUUUAGGGAUGUCCAUACCUGAUAUUGGUCAAGUAAAAGAUGGCACAUCAUGUGCUCCAGGAAAGAUCUGCAUUCGUAAGAAGUGUGCCAGUAUUGUUCAACUGCCCCAAACCUGUCAUCCUGAGACCUGCAACAUGAGAGGGGUCUGUAAUAAUAAACAGCACUGUCACUGUGACCGGGACUGGUCACCUCCGGACUGUAAGAACAAAGGCAAUGGAGGAAGUGAAGAUAGUGGUCCAGCUCCUGAGAAACACAAGCCAGAGUUAAAUGUCUCUGUGAAGAAGUUUGGCCGAUUUUCAGCACAGUCAUGCAUCACUUAA